AUGUUGCAAGACAAGUCAGUUGCACGUUUUUAUUGCCCGUUUCACCGUACACCUGUAGCUUUUGUCGAUGACGAAUACUGGUUAUCAAUAAACCCUGGUGGGGAAGUAAAUCCCCCAAAAUACCUCUACGAGUAUGUUCCUCCCUAAGGUUAGUAACUCCGAUUCAGAACUAUUCAGCUCGUGUCCUAAACCGGGGUAUAAUAUUUCGAAAGUGCAAAAACUUUAGAACGGGCCCAUUUUUUAAAAUGAGUAUUUAGACAUUUUCCCUUCGUUUUUCUAGCGUUAAGUUUGCAAUAUGCCUCGAAGCUCGUUUUCAUGAGAACGUUAACGUUUUUACCCUUGGUUAUUGGGGAGAUAUUUUUGUCCGCAAUAGCCCCGUUCUCGUUCACAUUUAUUCGUAUUCAUGUGAAUACAAAGGUAAUAAAAUAAACCAAAUUGUUGACGCUUAAUUAGUAAUUCAACAAGAAAGGGUACCUGGCUUAGGAGAAUAAGGCAAUGACACGGAGUAGUUCAAAAGUGAACCAUGAAAUCUUGGUUUGGUUUUAAACAAUGCUGAUUUUCCGAAGAUUUCCGAAGGCGUUACGAAUAUUUUCCGAGCGUUGUUUAAAAGUAUCUGGUCACACUAGAAGAUUUCCAUAUAGAAACAUGACCUCAUGAAUCCGAGAAGGACGAAGCUCAGGGGAUUCAAAUGAUACGGUCGAACUCCCUACAAAUUUACAUGUGAUCAACAUGAUCUUUAGAGGGUUCAAAAUGCCGGGAUAGAAUUGAUAUCUGUACAUCUUUCGAAAUAAAAGUUUUAAUGGUGGAGGAGUAUAAUUGUUGCUCUUUUUUGCCAAUCCUGCACAGCCUACACAGAUUCUGAAAUAAGAAAGCAAGCAAAAUAAGAACAUCCAGUGAGAAAAAUCACUAAAACGCUUUGAAGUUUAUACGAUAUAUUUAAAAAUGAAUUUUUUAGCUUUGCACCACUUUUUAUGUAACUAUGGUGCGUCCUAAAUUGUUCCAACCUAUUCGCUGUGUAGAAUGUUUCCAGUUGUAUCUUAAUAUUGACAUGAAAGCAUGAUUUCCUGUCUUCAGCGGACACUGACUCUUUUUAUUCAAGGACCUUAUCCGUAAGUCUUUUGAACAUGACUUAACGCUCAUUUAUUCUCUUCGAGUACAUACAAGUGGAAGCUGUCACCAGUUGUAACUUGUCAGCGUUGAAUGAAGCCACCCCGAAAAGCACACAAAGACCUGCUGUCAUGCAUUUAAGUCAUUAUAUUAUUUACUCUGCUUGCCUCUUGGAAAAACUUACUAUUCGGAGGCUAAAAGGAGACAAUUUUUAUCCAAAACAGAAAAUGGUAAAUUACUAAAAUAGGGAAAUUUGAUAUUGGCAUAAACUUGAAUUAACGCCGGAGAAAUAUAGUUGUAGCGGUAGCAGUGACCGAGACACUCCAUACGAAGUCAGGUUGAUGUGGUUAUCAAAGCGUAACGACAGCAUUUACAGUUAGUUUCUAUGAGAAUAUCUGUUGAGAAAUCGUUGUUCUACCAAGUGACUUCAACAAAGAGCCAUAAGGUCAUUGAGGCCAAACUACCAAACACCUCAUGCGCACGCGUCAGUAAUUUAGGGGUAAAUAACGGAAUACGCCAGGAAUGUUAAUGAUUAGAUAGUCCUCUCUCAUUCUAUCAUCAUCCGUGUUUUUGAAAUAAGUCAUUACAGCCUAAUUUAUCACUGAAAUCCGAAGGAAUUGGGAUCUUCGCAAGGCCGUAAGUAGGAUAUUUUUCUCUCAUUUAUUCUAAAUUUUUUUGCGCUCGGGAAGGAGUUCUUUUUUUUGUUGUUAUUCACGGUUGUUGACGAGGGUGCUUGUUGCAUAACGAAGCGCUAUUUUUCAUUUCCAGUUUUGAUUUUAACGCUCAGUGAACCUACAUUGUCUUCUUGUUAGGUUUUAAAGCAUGAAACUGAAAUUGCGAUGUUCAAAUCAAUAACAAUUAACAUAAACAAUUUGAAAACCAAAAAUAUUUUGUCUUAACACGAUUUAGACUCAACAGCCGUGAUAACCAACACAUUCCAAACCGUGCUAAUCAAAAUUUAACUUCACUUUACACUCAAACAACUCUACUAUGGCGGUUUAUUUUGCCUUAAGUCGGAUUAAGUCAGUAUAACUAACCAUUAAUGAAUGUUCACACGCCAAUUUAUCAUUACUAUUUCAAUUUCUAAGGUAGAUCGUUUUAUUUGAUUUUUUUUUAUCAUUCCGGGGUGGCUAAGCAACGAUUUUGAAUGCUCUCCGAAUAGUUUCCAAGAAAACGAAACUUACCGUUUGAUGAUGAUACAAUUAAAGAUCAUCUUCUGUCACAGAUCUUUAAUCAGAUUGAUCUUUUAGUGAAGUACAUUUACACCUGUUAAGUCUCUCUAUGGGCAUUUGCUACGGUCCUCGACGGUCGUUGCAUCUUAAAGCUUAGAGCGACGAUGGCAUUGCCAUUGCGAUCAAGUUUCACAAUGUUUGUCCUGGGAUUAUGACGCAGAGAUCUGCCAAAAAGUUUGCUGCACGAUGAGAUUGUUGGUUAUAAUUUCUUGAUAUUCUCGUUUCCGUCGUCGUCGUGGUUGUUCAAACUCGCGUAAUCAUGCGAAACAAUCCUUGUUAUUCGAAGAUUUCGUCAAAAAACCGACCAUUUGAUAAAAAACGCGCGCCAAAAACGACGUCCGCAGGUACCCAUAGAGAGGCUCCCUAUUAGGACCCCAAAUUGUGGUUAAAGACGAAUAACCAUACAGUUAACAAAUUUUCUUGCAGCAAUCGCUUCUAAAACGAUUGUAAAAGUUGAAAUGCUAAGUUUUCUUUUGCAAUUUAGGUGUUUUACUAAAACUCUAAAACAGACCAGUUCUCUCUAAUUGUAAACUGGUCGGCUUCCUCUGGAGAUUUAACGCAUGGUUACCCCUUAACAAAUAAAACACAAAGACAGAAAGUUAGAGUCUGGUACCAGUUGAAUUCUCCAUCGAUUCUCUCCUUUCUUUGCUCAUUCCUACCAUGCACUAAGACGCCUCGUGCUUGUGGAUCGAUUGUUCGCCAUUUUACGCCACGAAAGUGUCGAUAAGGGGUAUGACCUCACUCAAGACCUGAUCAACCCAUUGUCGACGUUUCUGACCUUUCUCUUGAUAUGUAGAGAUGAUUUCAAGCCAAAUUAAUCUUAAAUUGUGUUUUUGUUUUCUGCUGUAGUUUUCAAGCGAUGAAGGGCGAGAAAGUUUUCUGUUGCGCGCUGUUCCUGUCCGCGUGCUUCGCAUUUUCAGGCGGUCAAAGUAAGUGAAGGAAUAAAAGUUUUGAUUUGGUGUCGUAUUCAUCAGUUUAACUAGUCUGUGUGAUAGUGUUACCCUGAAUUGAAAGUUACUUAUUAUCAGAAAACGCAGAUGAAAAUCAAUAUAUAUGCAAAUAAGGAGAGCAGGGUAUGAUUUGAUCAGUCGCACAAAGCCGGCUACAAAGGAUGACCUGUAGAUUUUUUAUCCAGCGGUUUGACCUAACAGUGUUGGUUUUUUUCUUUUCGGGUUGUUGCCUCGUUAUACUGAUCUGAGCAAUUUUAAGUGGGUGCCAUAACUGACUUACACAAAUAUUCAAUGACAUGCAAAUUUCGGGAAAAAGUAAUAAUAAGUUAAAUGUGGAAACGAGCAUGAAGCAAAAUAUCUCCCCUUUAAGGAUUUACAUCAAUUGCUUUGAAAAUCCAGUCCGUUCACCAGCGCAGAGUUCCUGACCAAAGCUCCGGUCCAUUGAAAUAUUUUUCCGAUAACAUUUAGCAUUGUAUACACGAAAUAGAAGACCUACUUUUAGAUGAAAAGUCUAAGCCGUGAAGGUAGUUCCUUAUGGGUAUCUAGGAUUGGUGGAAAUAAAAAUUCCGGACAUCAAACACAGAAUACCAAAAGUUAUCUUACCGACAAACAGUAAUUAAACAUUGCAACAAGUCUUGCACUUUAGUUUUAGUUUGUAUUGCAGUAUGGGAUUGUUUAUAUAUUUCUCAGUAUUUUCCCAUAAUAAUUUAUUGAUUCGAUAACAGACAAGUCGCAACGUGUCUAUUAAGUCGAUGUCCCAUUGCCAUGUUUGUCAUUUUUAUAAUUGUGUCCGCAUGCAGAAGAGCCCAUAAAAGGUAUUUACAAUGUAUCCAUUGCCUUUAGUAAAUAAGGAAAUACAACCCCACGCCACUACCAGAAAAAAGAAAAUUGUUAGACGAUUACGUUAUACGAAUUAAUUAAAAUGAGCAAUUUUUUAUCUGAAUUUUUAUCUCCAACACCGAAUCAGCUACGGCUACGACAGCUGCUCCAACACCAACGCAGCCAGCUACCACCGCCAACCCUGCAAAUGUGACCAAUGUUACCAACCCGGAUACUUUACAAUGUAGGUGUACGAAAACUAUUUAAUUACUGCUACUUAAUAACGAAUAGAUAACUAAAAAAUAAAUAGGUAAAUAAGUAAACUAGUAAUAACCAAAGGUUACGGAGUGUGGGCGACAAAGAUCGAAGGUCAAAACGCUUUUGCUCAAACCAUAGUUAGUAGAAGGGACUGCUAACCAUGCUCAAACUCUAUGCUUUGCGUAAGUCUCCCCGUGAUAGAUGGUCAAAACACGAGUGAUCAGAUUGCGAAAGAUAGAAGGUCCAAACGCGAGUAAUCAAAUUGCGUCCUGUACAUUCCAUUCAUUCUUAGUGGAAGUCCAAACGAAUGCUGCUAAAUACUUGCGACGCAUGCGUAAUAACAACCUGGAAAUUAGGAUUGCGUGCUCCUCUUGUCGCCUGCAAUAGAUAAAUAAAUAUCGUUUGUUCCUCUUUCUUGCAGAAGGUAUACUGAAAUUAACAAGUGGUGGGACUGCAAUGCUAAUUCACUGAAAGAAUUAGAGGAUAUUAAAUGGCCGCGCGGAGAUGUUGUGUUGGAGGUGUUGAAAAAUAUUGCGAACGAGUGAAAAAUUUUUUCAACACGAGAACAGAAAUUUCGUAUCUCCAAGCGACCAUGUAAUGUUCUAUUUAUUAUAUAAACACCCAUAAAAUACCAAACCACUUUACUUAAAUAGUUUUUUAGUGUGAAAGGUGCAGUUUAUUUUGAAGCCAUAACAACGGUGAUAUUUUCACAUGUGAAGAUAACAUGUUUCUUUUCACAUGUGAAGAUAUCAAGUUUUCGCGCGAAAGCUCACUUGGUAUUUCAUUGGUGUUUAUAUAAUAAAUAGACCUCUUUAGCUUUUAUGCUUUGUUUUCCCAAUGAAGGACCCUGGGGAAUUUGGCUCUUUGUCUUUUAAUAAAUUCUCCAAGGCGAAAUUUAAAAGAAACAGUUCUUUAUAGUAUUAUCACAUGACCUGCAUUGGAAAAACAAAACAUACAAUCUAAAGAGGUCUUAAUAACAACUCUGCGAUGCCAGUUUGUCAGGUCACUUUGUUCCUUUCGAUCUAUUAAUUACAGGUAAUUUGCUGAUUACAAUACUACUAAUAAUACAUACAGUAAUCACUAACAACUUAACUAAACGACGAACGGGUUGCAUUAGUUAUAUUCAAGAGAUGGGAACAAAAAUUGCAGGAAGAAACUUAAAAAUAUCCAUUGUUGAUUUCUGUCCAAUGGCCUUUUUUUGAACCAAUUAAGGCUGAAUUCUUGGUAGGAUUUUUAGAAGCCAGGUCAUAGCCUCUGCUGAGAUAAAAGGAGUCAAUUCUUUAUUAUUUCAAUGUUUUAGGCUCUGUCUACAACUUGACUUUGAAGCUUACGAAUGCUACCUACACUGACGAUUUAGCAAAUCCACACUCAGCUAAGUUCAUCAAGCUUAGAACGGAUUUUGAAGUUGGAGUAAGUAUACUCUAAAGUUAUUGACAGAUCUGUACUAAUGAGCUUUAGAGAAAAAAACACAAAAAUACCUGAAAAAUUCAAGAGAACAGCUAGAAAAAUCAUUUUGCUGUCCCAGGUACAUGCCAUUGCGUUAUGUAUGUUUUAAAGUUUACGUUUUUUAAAAGUCAACUGUGUGGCUCCUUAAAGUACAAUCUCACUGAUUUUUAUCCGUUGUAAUUAGAUUAUGCAAGUGUAUGAUGGAUACAAGCCAUUCGUAGGUGUCACUACCCUAAGAUUCAGGUAGCUAUGUUGGUUCACUAAAUUUGAUAACAUUAGCCUGAGAAAACAGCAGGUGUUUCUCGACGUCAUCACUGGUUUCCCUUCGAAAUGACGUCCGAAGUACCUGGGCGCAGAAAAUUUCAUACUGAAAGCGUGCCACUACCCAGAUCUGGGUAGUGCUUCUGAUUGGUUGAAUUAAAUUUCCCCUGCGGCAUGAUCAAUCAGGAGCACUACCAUCAAUACGCAAUUCUGAACUCAUUCAUCAGACGUCAUUUCGCAGAGAAACCACUGAGGGCGUCCCGAAACUGUCGGCUGUUUUCUCAAGCUAUGAUAACAUUGUCCUUUUUUAUGAUAGGCUGAUUUAGCAACAGAACGGGAACGUCACUUGACGACGGGAAAGCGCGCUGUAAGGACUAAACUCGACUUCCGGUGCCCAAUUUGCCGCUCUGCCAUUGGUCGAGCCAGUUGUUUGAUUUGCGCGCGCCGUCGUCAACUGACGUUCCCGUGCUGUUGCUAAAUCAGCCUAUUGAGACUUCUCGGAGACGUUAUAUUUAAGUCUUUUUAAAUAUAUAAAUAAAUUAAUGAAUAGAGUAAAGAAUAGAAAACGAUUCCUUUGUGCUCGAGAAUAUCCUUUAAUACAUUAUAAUACAUUAGGGAAAACAGAGGGUCGAUCAAGUUUUUUCGUAAGAGAACACGUCUUCUUUUUACCAUACUUAGUUUUCCAACCUUGAGUCUUGCAAGUAUUUAUUUAAACCUUUUCUUUUCGGAAAUAGCAAAGCACCAGACGGCAAGUCCAUCGUGCACUUCUGUGUGGAGUUCACCACCAAUGGAACUCAUCUUCCAAACUUGACAAAGGCCAUAACGUUGGGUAAACUGGGCAAGCUAACCCCUGUGUCAGUCGCUCCAAAACUUGACCAAGCAGGUUUGAAAUCUCUUAAGCUAUAACAUUUCUUAAUGCUGUGUUAUUUAAAGGUGGAAAAUAAAAAUGCUGUGUCAGUUACUAUUACUUUCGAAUCAAAAAUGAGGAGGAAGGGCAACUUAUUUAAAAAUGUUACUGCUGAUGUGCUAGAAAGAACCAUUACAAACACUUCUUUAGUUUUAGAUUCUACUAGCAACUGCGAACUGCUUUACAUGGUCACCAUAAAACACAUUUUAUAUCUAAUAUAUUUAUUUAUUAUAUAAACACAAGUGAAAUACGAGUUGAGCUUUCUCGCGAAAACGGGGUAUCUUCACAUGUGAAAAUAACAUGUUAUCUUCACAUGUGAAAAUAUCACCUUUACUAUGGCUACAUAAUAAAUCGCGCCUUUCACACCAAAAAAGUAUUAAAGUGAAAUGUUUUGGUAUUUCAUUGGUGUUUAUAUAAUAAAUAGAACAUUACAUGGCCGCUUGGAGAUAAGAAAUUUCUCUUCUCGUGUUGAAAUAAUAUUUCAACACUCGAAGCGAAAUUCCGUAUCCCCGCGCGGCCAUGUAAUAUCCUCUAUAUAUCUUUAACAGGAUUACACUGAGGAGUGUUAACUGCAUUCUGCUUUUUGCAGCUUGUUACAAGGAGCCUGCUCCACCUGUGUGCCCGAUACCCUGCCCAUCAGCCUGUGCACCUUCUUGCUAUGACACGUGUUGCCAGCAGGGUUAUCCAAUGGGUUAUCAACAACCUUAUUACAUGCCUCCUCCUCCUCCAGUUCCAGUCCCCGUCCCAGUCGCAGGAACUUGCCCUAACUCCUGCCCGAACACUUGCGCACCUGUUGGAUGCACCCCAGCCUGCUGCAACACGGUAUACAACCCCGCACCUUAUCAAUACGGUAAACGUCACCACGCCCCAAGGCCAGUGAAGGGAGCAAAGAAACACCACAUCUUCCACAAACUUCACAGGAAGAAUUGAAAAAAAAGUGAACAGAAAUGAAUAAGGGAGAAGAAGAAGAAAACGAACGUUGUAGUCUGUUUUUAAGUUUUGCUUCCAUAUGAAAUACAAUGACUGAAUUGCGCAAAAUGUCUUCCAAUAGACUUGUCGCACAUAAGCCCUAAGAGUGCUAACUUGGAAGGCAUCUUUAACAAUCACAGCGCAUGUUGAUGUAGUUCGAUCAGGCUGAACGGAAAUUUCCAUGCAAUUGAUAACGUUUGCCGUUUUGAACUAAUUAUCAGUUAAUCCUUCAAUUAGCAUGAAUCUAGAAAAGAUCUGGAACACCAUAGAACGGAAAACGCACAGCCCUCUAAUUCUGUGAAUUAUUGCAACUGUGAAUAUGUAGCCAUUACUUCCAAUGGUCUUGAAACUGUCAGGUCUAUAGACUAAAGCAUAGCACUCGUUUUCUUACUUGGCUAGCCUAUUUUUACAAGUUUUAGUAGCUGAAAAUUAGUGAAUGCGAUCUUCCUCUUUAUUUGUCGGGCAAUAAUUUUAUGGAGAGUUUUCAUGGGGUUACUUUUACUUUAAGUAUUGUAAAUAUGAACUGGAUAACUAAAUCAAAGAUUGAAAUUAAAUUAUAUUUCAAAAAGUACCGCCAACUGAUUUACCUCGUUUAUCAUGUCAAGAACAACCAAUCAGAGGGAAGCACGAAAC